CCAUAACCGAAUCGAGCACAUAGCAAGAGAUCAGAUCUAAUUACCCCAUUGUCAUUGGUGUUGAUUGUGAUACAAGACCUCUUGUGUGAUAUUGGCGGUGAUAUAUCUUCUCAAAACUAGUUGGAGCCAUAUCGCCGCAUCUCAUAUCCUUCUUCCACCUACGCAGUCCGCAACUCUCACCUGUUCAUCACCGCCUAGGGCCUUGACCAUCGUUGAACGAAACGGCGAAUUACAGAGAAGAUGUCGCAUGAAAUGUCAACACAACAUGCAACCCGAGUAGGGGCCAGACCAUUCAAUCACAGUCAAUCCCAAGCUGCCGAAGAAGAGUACGACCGAUUACGGAAUCUGGCGCGCCAGGAGGGCUCCAAACGCUCCAAUUGUUUCCAGCGAUCCCAAGACGCGUAUGCCAACGGCGAUGGCGCGGCUGCGCAUGCACUCUCGCAGGAGGGCAAGGAACACGGGGCCAAAAUGGAGAUGUACAACAAACAAGCUGCCGACUUCAUCUUUCGCGAAAACAACGCUGAGGGGCGAGUCGCCGCCGAUACGAUCGACCUGCACGGUCUGUAUGUUGAAGAGGCAGAAGAGAUCUUAGAACAGAGGAUCCGAUAUGCUCAGAAUCAUGGUCAAACACAUCUCCACGUCGUGGUCGGGAGAGGCAAUCAUUCUCCCGACCAUAUCCAGAAACUGAAACCUCGAGUCGAACAAACCUGUCGGGACCUCGGCUUGCAAUACCACACCGAGUCGAAUGAAGGCAGAAUUUACAUCAAGCUCGACGGCAGCCCUGUGGACAUGCAACAUGUGAGCAACUGGCAAGGCUACCAAACAUAUCCAGAUCAUCAGCAACAACCCUGGCAUCCUCAACACGCUCAGCAUCAACAACCACAACAUUACCCCGCUCAAGGAGGGGGGCAAUAUGGCGGAGAGGAGAAGCUUGCCCAAGGACUUCUGUCCCGACUCAUCAACAAACUCUUGCGCAUGUUGUGUGGCUGAUGGCAUGACUAUAACAUAAGCUCUGUCAUGAACAAGGUGGCCAGCAUCGCGCUGGAGCUCUUUGUUUGGAGCAGAACUUUGGAAACCAUUGAGGGACAGAGUCAAUAUGUGUCUCGGGAAACCAUGCUGACUCACCAAGCCUUCGCUAUCGCCGAGAGAGUCAGAAAUACGUCUGCUGAUAGCGUACGCUUAUUCUCAGCGGGACAUGACUUCGAGUUGUUGGAGCUGUCGCUUCGUCAGUGGGCUCUAGGAACUAGAUUCCGUUCCAGCCGGGUUUUCCAGCGGACCAGAUUUCCUACCAUGCUGAACAUUAACUGAGUCCCUCUGAGCACGGAUGGGGAAAUCAAUUCGCAGGCUCCUGUCGUCGACUUGAUUGAAGGCGCCCAGAAUUGAUUCUAGGCCCUUUUUUUGCGGCAGCCGCGAGCGCAUUCAGCCCACACAGUUUGCCAUUGAGCAAUUCUUAUGGCUCAAUCUGCCUGGAGGAGUCAAUAAUACCCGACCUUGCGCCACUUGACCUCGGGUUCCCUUUUCUGACGGGACCGACCAUUUAUACAAUAUGCUCUGAGUGCUUUUGUUGCCUGUUCAGUGUCUUUCGAUAGGAGCAACUGAAGUUUUGGGACGAUGGCCAGUGCAGUCACAUCGCCUCAUUGAAGCUCAAGAGGCCAGUUAUCACCUUGCAUCUCGCCCAUCCUGCUCUGCUCGGAUCCAACUUACGUGUUCGCGAUGUGAUUUGGUUCAAAAUAUGAAUGACAGGCGGGUAGUAGCAUGUCAAGACAGUCAUCAAUGCAUAUUGAACAAAGUGCACAGCGAGUGACCUUCAGCAGUACGCGUUUGCCGCUUUAUACCGGUCUCACUUCAUAUUGCUCAUGCUCUACUGGACUACAAGCGUUUAUGUUAUUACUAAGAAGGUGCAGUGACAGGCGCAGCCUCAUCCGCGGCUGGGUGCCCUCGGAUGAAUUUGCUGGCAGGGGCGAGUAUCAGGUAUAUCGCUAUACAAUGUGGCCCCCCUGAGACUUCCUCAAAGACCAUCAUAUUUCACGGCCGGACGAUUCGAAGGUCAUAUACGCUUGGGACCAUAUGACACGUCAAACUGCCUCGGCGACCUCAACUAAUGCGCUUCAGCGUUUCCCGCUCAAGACUUAUCAUCUGCAGCGCUGGGAGACGACCGAGAAGAAGCUGAGAGUGCAAAGCCCCUUUCAAAUUUGAUGGUCUAGAAGAUGACUGGGGCAGACGAACCGCGAUAUGAGUACGUCCUCUCUUUUCAUAAGCAGGCGGAAAAUCAAUGAUUGACUGCCUAUCAUCGUCGAACGAACAGCUCCUCCCAUUUCCUGUCCUCCAUCAACAUCGUGUUUGGAGCCAGAUUCAGCCACAGUUCUUUGACGCUGCUCUCGUUAUGUUCCAAAUGUUCCUUCUUCUCUUCUGCACAACUAUAAGCCCCUCGCCCUUUCCUCCGCCUCAACGUCCCCCUGCUAGGCCACAGCUACAACAAUCCUUCUAUGAAGCUAGUAUGCGUCCUCGUACGUGCCAGCGGCUGCUUCAGACCUCUUUGUUGGGAUGGCCAGAACGGGAUCUCGUGCAUUCAACUCGGCAUUUCUCUUUGGCUGCUUGUAGCCUAUGGCAUGUGAGCAUGUCUUUCGCAAGUCACCAUUUCUGCGUACCUGAUUGUCCGCUGCAGCAGUUGCCCUGUGGGUCUGGCUCCGGCUCUGGCUCCGGCUCUGGCUCCGGUGAGGCCUCCCUGAUCACCAUAUCGACGGCGGGCUCGGCAGCCAUGUCAGGAACUG